GCAGCGGAAAUGAGACGCGUCUUCCUCUGGCGUGUUGAUAUAUACCAUCAUUUCGACCAAAGGCGAAAACAGUCUUGGUGAAUCACUGAGGCAGUCAUGUCUUUCUUCGGCGGGCAGUGCUUUGAACACGACGAGAGGGCGUCCUUUGAAGGUGUCAGUGAUCCGGCCACUGGCAGUUUCGGACACGCCAUGGAUCCUCAGCAACAGACCUACUUGCAAGUGGUGCCUCUCGAAGCCAGCGCCGGCGGGUGGGCCGACGGCGCUGGCUCCCCUCCUCUGUACGCCAUCAUACCCGGAGAGUACCAAGUGCUCGGAAUCGCUCCCGUUUUGCACUGCGACGUCCCCCACGACCUUCAGCCCCAAGGCCCAAACUCCUCGCUUCCUAAGGGCUCGUCGUCAAGGAAGAAAAAGACUCCAAAGUGGUACGAACGAGGCCCUCAAGCUGAGCCCACCGACGAGGAGCGGAGGCAACGAGCUCUCAAGGCGAGGGCGCACAGGCAGAGGUGCAAGCAGAUGGAGGAACAGAUGGCGCAAGACACGAGGGAGGUAAACAGCCACAUCACAAAUCUUCGCGCAGAAAUUGACAGGAAGAGACUCACAUGUAUGAGUUUGGAGAGAGCACUGGAUGUAGCUACCCAGCAUUACAACGUCGUCGAUUACAGUUACCUUUUCGAGGAUAAGGAUGACACCAUGAUACAUAAUAGUUAAAAUCACAACUACAAGACUGCAUUCUGGUUUCUAUUGUUUUCUCUUUAUGAGCAUGGGUGUCUUUGUUGGCAUUUGUUAAUCAUAUGAUUGUUAAUCAAUAUACUAUUCUAGAAGACUGAGUGCAUGUAUUUAUGUUUAAAUGAUGUUUGAGAAAAUAUACUUGUAAAUAAUAUU